AGAUAAUGACGUUCUCUAAGAAAACAUACAGAAAGUGAGAGCUAGGAACCCGGUAUAGCCUCAAAUAGAUUGUAUAGUGAAUAGCCUAUUACUUUCGAUUCUUCUUGUAGAGAGAAAGCUCACCAAACGGUGGCCCUCCUCUUACCAACCACCCGCAGGCAGUCUGGCGCUCACACGUUGUCCGUGCUGACAGCUAUUCCCUAAGGAGUGGCUUUCUGUACAGGGUUAGCCAGCUCAAACAAUACUGGACCUUUUCUUUGUGGGUGUACUGUGUAGCACGGGUGCCAGUGCAGUGACGGAGGGUCUGAAGUGUCUGGAAGUUGCCUAAUGACAUUUAAAAAAUACCCGAGUCUUUUAAAGAGUAACUUUCAGUCAUGUAUGACUGAGCUCAUUUUCACACGCUGCUGUGAUUGUCUGAGUGUGUGUGAGCUUUGGGGAGGAAUCCGGAUUUUUACGCAUUUCAUUUCACACGGUCAGUUUAUGUUUCUGUCACUGGUGUAUAGUCCGCGUGUGGAGUUGUGAAGAGCAUCGCUUAUAGGAGGACCUCUGACACAUUUUUAGACAUCGAAGGAAAACAAUCGACGGAAAACCAUAACCACCACGUUUAGCAGAGGCGCAGACGGGGUCCGACUGUGUAAAGAGGUCAAAGGUGAAACCAUACAGUAACAAUGGAGCCUAACCAGGGGUUUGGAGGGACCCUGUGGAUGAUCUUUCUCUUUGCCCUCUUUGCAUCAGGAUCAGGGGAAAACGACAGGGACUUCAAAAUGUGUGGAACCUGGCGCCAUGGCAAUGGGCUCUUAACUCUGGCUCACGAUUUGAAAAGGGGCUGUGGCACCAUCACCAUCUCAGCCAAUGAGAGCUCCCUGUCCAUCCGAGGUGAGAUAACGGCCCAAUGUGAGAACUCCUCUGUCAUCAAGCUGGAUCCGAGCCCAGAGGCAAGAGAGAGACCCUUCUGUGUGUAUUGGGAGCCCCUUCUGGACCAGCUCUGGGUAGAGGUGAAUGGACAGAACCACACUCUGUGCUGGCCGUCUGGUCUACAGGGGAACUGCUGCACUGACCUGUCCCAAGGCGAAAACAAAGGGAUUUCGACGUACGGGAUACUCAACGCGACACAACGGGAUGAUAUCAUAAGUUACAAAACACACCCAGCCUAUGUGUUUUUUGGGGAAAUUAUCAACUGCAAAAACGAGUUUUGUGAUGAGGCGAGUCAGGGAUCUGGUGAUAAGGUGAACAUGAUAGAGGAGACAGUGAUGAGGUCCAAGGUGCUGGGGAACGUGGUGCUGCCCUGUGCCCUGAGCUCUGUGGUGGAGAUGGAGGAAGGCUUUCAGGGCUACAACAUCACUCUGCCUGCGCCUCAAGGAGUUCCUCCUCAAAUGAUUCCAUCAGUUCACCUGCCUUCUUGUCUGAAACCUCCAGAAAAGAAAAAGGUCAAGGUUGUCUGCACCUACUUCAAAAACAGUAUCUUAUUCCAGGGGAGUUCUAAGGCAGACCAGAAUGACAUCAGGAUUCUAGAAGAUGUGGUGGGAAUCACUGUGGAGAAUGAGAUCAUCACCAACCUUCCAGAGCCAAUCAGGAUUGGUUUCCAUCAUUCUGCCAUACCAACAAGUCACUCAAGAAAAUGUGUUUCUUGGGACACAAAGAAAGAUCCAGCAGAGGUCACAUGGAAAAAGGAAGGUUGUGAGACCAUACAGAAAGGUGUAGAGGACACAGAGUGCCACUGUAAUCAUCUCACAUACUUUGCCAUCCUAGUGCAAUUGGAACCACGACCAGUCCGCCAUCUGGUGGCUCUAACUGUCAUUACAUCAAUGGGCUGUGCUGCCUCUACGUUGAGCUGUGUUGUACUCAUCUACUUCCUUAACACACAGAGGAGAGCGAAGGACCAGUCCACUGCAGUCCAUCGGGGUCUGGCCAUGGCACUGUUCCUUCUUAGCCUCCUCUUCUUCCUGACAGGGACUGUGGCCAACGUGGGAGGUAACAAGGCAUGCUGGGCUUUUGGGGCAGCUCUCCACUAUGCUCUGCUCAGUUCCUACUCCUGGAUGUUUAUUGAAGUGUUACACACCUUUUGGUUGGUCUACGUGGUGUUCAGCCCCUCCCCCAAUCCGUAUGUUUGGCACCUGGUUGGCUUUGGUGUCCCAGCUGUUCCGGUCAUUUUACUGCUUGCCAUUGGAAAAGUCUAUGGUGUGAUAGAGGUUGUGUCCAGUGAGGAUGUCAACAACCCCUACUUGAUGUGCUGGAUGGAUGUGUCUCCACACUCUGUAGGCCUACUAGCCCAUUACUUCAUCAACCUGACCUUCCUGGCUGUAGUGGUCCUCUCUGGUCUGAUCAUGCUCUUCCUGGUCCUGAGAAAUAUCCAGAACCGAGACGAGUGGCGGAAGAACAAGGUGGCGUUCCUCAGUAUCUGGGGUCUCAGCUGCCUGUUCGGGACCACGUGGGGCCUGGGAUUCUUGGACUUUGGGCAGCUCUCGGAGUUCAUCCCCUUCCUCUUCUGCAUCCUCAACUCCCUACAGGGUUUCUUCCUGAUGCUCCGAUUCUACAUUCUUGAACGGAUGCGGAAACAAUCGGGGUCUAGUUUUGAUGGUAGCACAGCAUCUUCCACCAGGCAACACAUGCUGCAGGAGAAGAGCUGAGCUUGGAUACAUGGGAUACCAUUUUUUUGGUAGGCUAAAGGAGGAGCAAUGUACCAAAUGUAACUCUGUCACUCAGAACAUUCCAACUCUGGGGUUGAGAUUCAGAAUAUUGCACUAUACAAGCCAUUUCCAUACACAUAUCUGAGUGACUGUAAAAAAAAAAAUACCGUCAAAAUGAAAGCUAUAAUUGACGUAAGGUGAAACAGCGCCACUGGUCACUCCAGGCACAUUUGUUAUUCUUUUAUUAUGGGGCAGAGAUGCAUCCUGGUAAAAAAUAAAUAUCAUAGUACUCUGCUGAUCUAUCGCAUGUGCAAUGAAAAAAAAAUGUGUUCGUUGUUUGAAGUAACGUCUUUGUUGUAAUAUUGCAAACGGAUGUGGCAGUUUCACCCCUACAGAUUUCAGCUUUAAGCCCAGGGCGAACCUUGAUAAGCUUGUUUUAUUCUGUGUAAACGUAUCAUUUCAUAGAUAUCAGUCAUCGCUCAUUUCAAACUUUUGAAGUAGCACUUUAGCUUCUUAGUCUUGUCAUUUACCCAUUCAUCAUGUUGUAGAAUCAGGUAUGUAAGAAACUUUCAUACAUAGUUUUCCAGAGACUGGUAGUUACUUUACUCAGAAAAGGACUCAUAGAAGUGUCACUCAGGCCAUCAUCUGAAAGACAGCAGGCAUUGUACAAUGACAUUUGGCUGAAGUUGGCAACUUGCUCUAUUCUGUGACAAACACUGUAUUUUCAGAUCAUAGUUACUGGACUAUGUUUAGCACUUUAUUGUACAGAGAUGUAUUUUUUAGAAAACAUGACUGGUUGUGCCACUGACAUUAUUGCGUGUAUAUCUUUUGCAACUUUUGAAAACAUAUUGUAUUUGUGUGGAUGUAAAUGUAUAUUGCUUCAAUAAAAGUUGACUGUAUAAAAAAAAGAACACCA